UAGUGUCCGUAUCCCUUUUUGUUCGCCGGUUCUUGUGAAUAACUUUAACCUAAAAAAGGCGUGUUUCGAGAACAUGCGUUAUGUGCCCCUUAUGUGACGGAAUCUAUAUAUGGCGCAUGUCAUUCGUAUGUAUUUGACCGGAAAUGAAUGUCCGGGAAAGAAUCUACCAUAUGAAAUCGUUUGUAUUUCGUAUGAAGACUUUUGAAGUGCAAUUGAAAAGAGGACCUCCGUAACGAGAUCAAAGAUGCAUGUACACACCAGCUGUGCAGGGUGAAGAGGUUAUCUCAAACGCCCUUAAUUGGGCCACAGUCCAAUCAAGAGCGACUCAAAUGUCAUUACCGCUGAGAAGUACUUCUUGCCAUUUGAGUCAGCAUGUCAGAGCUAGUCACUACGGAUUGUGGUGACACAGCACUGGACUGCCUGCAGAAGUUAAUCGCAUAUAGCCAUCUCACUGGCAAUAUGCCUGAUUCAACGGAGCCUAACAAACUGCUGAUUGUGCGCAUUGUCGAGACAAAUUGCGGUUGCUUCACCGGUCCACAGACCGAUGAGAGUGUGCAGCUGUAGAUUAUUAAAGCUCUGCUGACUGUAAUGACAAGCCAGCAUGUGGAGGUAUACGAGGAUACGGUACUGUUAACAAUUCGUACUGUUUACAACGUUUACUUGUCGUCGCGCAACCUGGUGAAUCAAACGUACAACAGCCUGUGCGACUCUCACACAGAUGAUCAACGUGAUCUUUGCGCGAAUGGAAACUCAGGCGGAGGAAGAGAACGUGAGGCUUGAUGGAGAACAUCAGCAGGAGGGUUCUGUCAUAGCAAAUGGCAAAACUGAAGCUGAGCUAAGUCUUAGUUAGCUAAGUCUAACUAGCUCAUCUUCAUGAAACUUUACGUUGCGUGCGUCUAUUUAAUGACGAUGGAUGCUCUUCAAAUCACUUCGAGAGGAUUAUCAAAAGCGAUAUCUUUAUAUCGCAUAUUUAAUCAGAUGUCGUCAGGGAUUGCUGUCGACAUUAGCUCACUUAGAUAGAUUAUGCGUGCGAGUUAAGUGCGAUCGGGAUGCUAUCAAUAAUCAUCUUGUAUCCGUUUGUGUGAGGGUAUUUUUGGAAAAAAAGAAGGCUUUCCUCCUGUGUUUCUGCGAAGAGUUUAAAAAGCUUACGCUAGCUGACGAGAAACAGGAUCUCGUGGAUAAUUUUCUAGGGAAGGUCUAUGUGGAAAUGGACAACGAUCCGAUUUGGCAAUCGGCAAGCGCCAACCAGUUAGAUUUGGCGAGAGUCGUGGUGGAAAGAACCGUCAUGGCACGGAUAUAUACCACAAUGCGCUCUAUCUAAAUAAAGAUGGAGAUGUAUAUAGGGACCAGCUUUUUCACGGUCAUAUCAAUAAGUUGGCAAAGGUUGUAACUCCAAAUCACAGGGACCUACGCGCGCAUUUCAAAAGUUUAUCAUUACGAAUGCCCCUGGUCAUGGGCGCAGGCUGAAUUGGCUGUGAUAUCGGCGUAUAAGACUCCUAGGGAUAAGUUGCAGUGUGUAUUUCGUUGCGCGACUACCAUCAUGAAUCUCUUCUCCAUGGCGUCGGGAAGAGGCAUACCUGCUGCCGACGAUCUGACUCCCGUGCUGGUCUACAGGUAUGUCAUAAUCAAGACUAAUCCGCCGUCGUUGUAUCGACUGUUCAAUAUGUAGACAGCUUUUACGGGAAUCGAUUGGAGGGAGAAGAACAAUAUUGGUGGACGCAGUUCUGCGCCGCGAUCGAGUUAAAACAAUGGAUUAACAGUUUCUCAAGAGUAUCACGAUAAAUAAGAUUAGAUUCGAUGCUGGUGAUAAUGUAGAAAUGUAUUAUAAUCAUAAUUUGACGAUUUCAUAAAGAAGAAGACCAAUAUCUUGUGUAAAGCUAGCUAAACAGUUUUAUGCUUCCAGUAUCAAUUAAAAUUCUUAAAUAGCCUCUUAAAUAGUCUAACUGUUAGUUCUUUCGCACGUUAUUAUGUAACAUUAGCAAAGACUGAAUCAGAUUAUACGUAAAGUGUGGCUUUAUCUUUAUUUGUAACUCUAUUGUACAAUGUCACAGGACAUC